UCUGCUAAAUGACAUGUAAUGUAAUGUAAUGUAAAUCUGCUGAGUCAUGCAUUAUUACAGCAGAAAUUUGGUGGAAAAUGAACAAAGUCCCUCGUGUGGCUCUGAGGUGUAACUGCAGAUAUAAAUCUUGGAUAUUCAUUUUGCCAUUUUAUUUAUUUGUAUAUAUCUAGUUGUUUUAUGGACAGUUAUUGACACGUUGAUUAUGUUUGAUGAGGAAAUGACUGUGAACAUAAAAUCCUUCAUUUUCCUAAUUAAAGCAAACAUGUGUGCGUUUCCCGUCACAUUUAGGAAAAAUAAACACACGCGUUGGUUUAUAAAGCGUUUUCUCCGUCGUCUAUGAAACGAGCUGCAUCGCAGAAACGAAGUCAGUUCCUGGUGUAGAACGAACACAAACAGUGACACGAAGCAGAGACAGACCUUCAAAGUAAAGGACCUGGAUUAAGAAAGGUGAAGGUGCAGAGUGAGAAAGAAACUUUUAUUUGUGUGGCAAAAGUCAACAUGGUUUGUUGGUUCUAAAGCUCUGGCACUCUGCCACGCCUGUGAGAGGAGGGCAGUCCGGAGGAACGCUCACAUUCAUGCCUUCACAUGUCGGAGAUGAAGUGAGAGGCUGAAUGUUUACCAGGGAAGUGAAGAUGGAUCCUGAUCCUGGAGACACAGAUCCCACCACCACGGAGAAACCAGCAGACCACCACAGCCAGGACCAGGAGCUGGACCCGGUGCUGGUCUGGGUACCCAGUGGCCGGCGCCUGAUCUCGGGUCUGCUGGGCUUGAACGUUCUCCUGCUGGGAGCAGCUCUGGUCGCUGGGCAGGUUUUCAACCCGGACGCUCUGAAGCACCAGGAGCCUCAUGUGUUCAUGCUCCUGCUGAUGGGGGUCAGCCUGGUCUGGAUGCUGUGGUACCUGCUGUGGGCCAGGAAACAGCCUGGUAGCAGUCCACACAAGGACCACCACGCCGGUGGGAUCGCCGUCGUCUUGGUGCUGCUGGUGUUCGCAGCGUUCAGCGUGCUGCUCUUCGUCUGCAGGGUGGGUUAUUUGAUCAGCGUGAGGGAGUGUCAGCCCGCCGCCAAACUCCUCUCCGUGUUCACAGAGGCUCCGUUCCUCGUGCUGCAGACGUAUUUACUGUGGGCUCACUGUAAAGACUGCGUCCACAAACACAAGAUCAUCACCAGGUCGGGGCUGAUGGUCGUGUUGUCCACGGACCUGCUGCUGUGGCUGAGCGCCGUCACCGAGGACACCAUCCACGAGGAGAUCGAGUUAGAGAAGGAGGACGGACUGAGGUUCAGCAACAGGGACAGAACUGAGGACGACCAAGAGCUCACAGCAGAUAACGCCACGUUGUGUCGGUGCAGCGCCAGCGCCACCUGCCUCAUCUUCAGGAAGGGCUUCGAGAUCCUCUACCCCUUCAACAUCGAGUAUUACCUGAUGGCGGGGUGCAUGGUCUACGUGAUGUGGAAGAACGUGGGCCGCAGGGUGAGCCCGGGUCACCACGCCACUCAGAAGCUGACCCUUCGCAUCGUGUACCAUGGCGGCAUCAUCUACGGCCUGGUGCUCGGCGCCCUGGUCCUGCUCGCCGGAGUGACCGUCUUCAUUCUCUACCAGGUGUGGGUGAGCCAGCAGCAGCUCCGCCCCACCGCCUUCCUCGUCUUCUACGGCUACCACUUAGCCGUCAUGCCCGUCAUGUCCCUGUGCUCGCUGGCCGGGAUGGUGGUCCACAGGCUGGAGAGGAGGGCCCACGAGGGCGGACACAACCCCGCCCGCAGCCUGGACGUGCUCCUCCUGGUGGCCGCCGCUCUGGGCCAGCUCGCCCUCUCCUACUUCUCCCUGGUGGCGGCCCUGGCUCUGGGGACCAGCGGUCUUCUGGGAGACCUGGACCUGUCCUACUCCAUCCUCAGCCUCCUGGAGCUGGUGCUGCAGAACAUCUUCAUCAUCGAAGGCCUUCACCGGCACCCGGACCUGCUCGCCAAGAAGAAGAACAGGAACAUAUUUAAGCUGAAGAAAAAGGUCACCGCGCCGACACCAGAGGAGGAGAAGAAGGUGAACGUGUCACUGCUGGAAGUCAAUGUGGCGUCGGCUCCCCCUGCUGGUCAUGACGGGAAGAAGUCCUGGCACAAAACAGCAACACAGGAAAUCUGUGCUUUUCUCAUCCUGUCAAAUAUAAUGCUGUGGAUCAUCCCUGCCUUCGGCGCUCACCCUCAGUUUGAGAACGGCGUGGGGAAGCAGUUCUUUGGCUUCAGCGUGUGGUUUGUCCUGGUGAAUCUGGGUCAGCCGCUCAGCGUCUUCUACAGGAUGCACUCAGUGGGAGCUUUGAUGGAGCUGCUGAUCUCUGCGUGACAGAGAAACGGAGAAUAAAAGAGAGUUAAAAACAAACACAGAAACAUCAUCACACACACGUGUGAGCCGUGGACUCGCUACGCUGCGCUGUCUCCAUGGUUUGUUAGCUCCACACGAGUGUGAAAGGUGUCGUUUCAGCUGGCUCAUGAAGCAAAAUCACUGCCAGCAGCGAUUCAACAGUUUGAAAUGUUAGAAAAAUAACUAAAUGAUGGCAGUUUUAUCUUUAAAAUGGAAAAAAAACAGUAAUGGACAGGAAAUUAGCAAAACGUUAGCAAAAAGUUGGUCAAAAUUACAUCACUCACAGCAUUUCAGAUUUCACUGAAAUAGUUAACAUGUCGCUAAAUUUGUUUAUUAAAACAAUUAAAUCAUGAAAUUUAUGCCACUUGUAUCUAUAAAGUUUUCUUUUGAAAUUGUAAACUUAGCAACUGACAGGAAGUUAAUAAUAAUAACAAUAAUAACUUAGUCUUAUAGAAUGCCUUUCACGAAACCCAAGGUCGCCGCAAGUUAGCAAAAGACGACAAUUUCACAUUUUGAAAAUAAUUCUUCUGCUGCUUCAAAAGACAGCAAAUGACAGGAAGUUAGCCAAACGUCAGCUAAUAAACCGACAUCAGUGACAGAAUUUUUAAGUCAGUUGUUAAAAUACGAACAUUUUAUAAGAAAAUCUUUAAAUUUGUAAACUUCUUAUUCUUCUGCUGAUGCUUUGAAAAAUCAGCAACAGACAGGAAGUUAGCUAAACCUUAAAAAGUUGCUCAGCAUAACGUCACCAAGUCAGACUUCACUAAAGCUGUUUAACACGUAACUGAAUUUGUUUAUUAAAAUAAGAAAACGAUGAAAUGAUGACACCUGUGUCUUUAAAGCUAUCAUUUACAUUUGAAAACAGGAAGUUAGCUUAAAGUUAGCCAAACAUCUGCUUAUAAACCGACAUCAGUGACAGAUCUCUUAAGUCAGUUGUCAAAAAUAAGAAAAGCUUUUAUCUUUAAAUUUGUAAACUUAGCAAUGAACAGAAUGUUUGCCAGAAGUUAGCUAAAGACACGGCAUCACUGACGGAAAGUUUCAAUGUGAAAAUUCUUCUUUUUCUUCUUCUUUUAAAACUCAGCAACAGCAAAAACUUGCUCCACAUCACGGCAACAGCAUUUUUUUUAAAGUCCAAUGUUGCUGAAACGUUUUAACACGUAACUGAAUUUGUUUAUUAAAAUAAGAAAAUGAUGAAAGUUGUCAUUUACAUUGAGAAGUUAGCAAUCGACAGGAAGUUAGCUCAAAAUUAG